CAGGCUCACCAGGAUAUCCCGAAGUGUUUGUCCCUUUUAAAUAUUUGAAAUUCGUAUGUGUUAGUUCAGUGGGCAUAUAUCAUAUAUUCUGUUGUUUUAGUAUUUGAGUUUCAGUUCAGUAAACCUCUGGUGGCGCAAUGAAGGAUUCUCUCUUGACGUCUACUUUAACUCUGCUUAUUAUACUAGAGAAUGGGCUCACCCUUGUUCCUGCCCCAUUCAACGUGAUGGUGACCUGCCACAACUUUGAGACAAUGGUGUACUGGAAAUACAAUGAAGUCUCUCAGUUCCUUCUCUUCAAAGUGGAACUUAUCAAAGAUGUUUUCAAAGAAGAGUCUGAAAUGAAGAACACAAGACUCCCAUAUGUGAACAUUUCCUCCUCAAUCAGAAUCUUUGAAAGGUAUUAUGUGAAGGUUACAGCUGUGAAUGGAUCCGAGGAAUCAGAAACUGCAGAGUCUCCGACUUUCUCCUUUGAUAAGUCCAUACCAGUCAGCAUCCUGUGCUUUUUGGAUUUCCCAGACAUAAACCUCUCGGUCAAGGGUGGACUGAUGACAGUAAACUUCACCCAUCCUUUUCACGUCUACAGAAACACUCCAGCCUUGAAACAACUUUCACCAUCUACAGUGUUUAGGUACAAAGUCUUGCUCAAUGAAACGAGUGAAACAUUAUAUGAAUGUGCAGAGAAUCAAAGAGACUGCAGCAUAACUCUUCCAGUCCCCAAAAAGAAGUUGCACUGCAUCAACGUAACUGGAAUAUUGAGGAGCACAGUUGUCAGAACCUCGAAAGAAAUAUGCCAGCAGGAGGAGCCCCAGUCUAGUAUGCUGUAUUUUGCCAUCCCCUUCGUCGUGGCUUCGACUCUGGCUGCUUCAGUGGGGAUUGUGACCCUGGUGAUCGUUUUUCUGAAAAAAACCAGGUCUACGUCAUCGCUCCCUAACUUCCUGGCCCCUGGCAAGUUCUCCAGCCUGCACCCAGAACAGACCAUGAUGACACAGGUUCUGGACAUGCAGAUCAGCUCCACGCCCCUCCUGCAGGUUCUUGAUGAUGCCUCCCUGGAGGAGUUCCCAACAGUUACUGCCCUGCCGCAGGAGGGAUCGCGCUUCCGUAUAGGCCAGGAGCACAUGGAGGAGUGGGGCAACAGCUGGUGGCCUGCGCGGCCGGCGAGUCUCAGGGAACCGUGCAGGGACCAGCCCAGUGAAAGGGAGCUAAAGGAUAAGAAGCAAGGGGAGGACAGUGGAGACUCCCAGCUUUGUGUAACUGGGUCCUCAGGGUACGACCGGCCCCAGAUGCUGCUGGAGGUGGAGCUUGUCCCUGAUGACCAUGUGGAAGGAUACAGGCACAGUUAGCUGCACCGCUCCUAUGGUCUCCCAUCAGAAAAACUGGCCUGUGUAGGGGACGGUCCCCACAGCAGCACAAAAUGGCACUCUUCACAUGAACACUCCCGCUGCCCUGUCUUCACUGUGUUCAGGAACUUGAAAUGUGACACUGUUCACCUGAAAUUCUGAGGAGCUACUGGGUCUGCUAAAUGAAUAAAUGUAAAUGUAAAAUGUAAAAACAUCUUCCUGAAAUGACAGCCAUAGCUUCAAUUCAGUAUUGAAUCACUGGCAUUUGACCACAAUGUGGUAGAUUGUACGUCUAAGGCAGGUGCAAUAAGAAAAUGCACAUUAAAUGAUUUACCCUGGGAAAUAAAAACUUCAUUGGCUUUUAAAAAUUCUGACUGAAUCUAUAUAUUCUAAUAUAUGUAGUCAAUCACCUGCUGGUAGCGCAUACUUCACAUAAAGAAGGAAACUGUACAGAGUCAGAAGUACCCAGCUGUAGGUGGACUUUUUAACCACACUCCCCUUUUUAAACAUUUUGUCAUUGAAUCAUGCUAACAUAGAAUGGCAGUUCAGUUAGCUGGAGUACCUGCCAGUUUCUGUCUACACAUAUUUUGGGCUAGGCUAUCUCAACAGUGUGUAGGGCAAAUGGGCCCAAAGUUUGUAUAGCUCCUCCAUGAGUCACAAACCUUGGUUUAGCCAGGUUUGGUUAAAUCAGUUUUAUAAUUUUUGUUGUGUUAUAAUAAGCCAAAAAAGGGUCUGAAGAAAGGAAAUGUUUUGGCCUUCAUGGACCCACAGACCUGCAAGCACAAUUUUAAUAUAGGUACUGAAAUGAAGCUGUAUAUGGUUCAGGAGUAUUUAGCAAAGCAGUGUGAGUGGGAAAGUACUGUCAUAACAAACAAGUCAGUAGGAGGGCCUUGGUGCUUCUACUUAAAUUCUCCAACUUUGACUUUGUCCAUUCUUACUAUAACUGACAACAUGCCAUUUAGUUUAAAAUUGUCACUUUGUACCGUCCUAUCUAUUUUGUUUUAUCACUUGUCAGUGUGUCAAUCAGUCAAGAGACAUAUGCUGUACCAUGUUCAACAGAUACAGAAUAUGAUCCACUUGCCAAAGUUUUGUGAGAUUAUACUGGUACUGUAAGGUGGUUCAAUAUCAUGUCUAUGAAUGUCGAUUGAAAGAAAUCAAAAUUGUUGUCAUUUUGGACAUUGGAUUUAUUCCAAGUCAUAUUAUGCUGUUUUAUGCUGUAUUACAUUUCAUAAUAAUAGUCAUAAAUGCAAUUGAGCCUGGAUUGACAACACUGUUCUUUGCAUUUGCUGUGAAAAGCUUAUGUAAAAAGCUGAUGCUGUAGUUGUACAGUACUGUAACUGAUAUUCACUCUCCUCUUGUCAUUUUUAUUUUCCUAAUUAUUCCAAAUGCAUUCUUAAUUGCACUUUGGUCAUUAUAUUAAUGGCACAUAGCAAUUUACCUGGUUGGAAUUGCUUCUCCUGGUGUUGCUGUAAUUAAAUGAGAGAAAGAAGUGUUUG